UCUUGCUGGGUUGGCUUUUAUGUUUUCGGCUAGCAUUUUGCUGCAGAUUCUGGCAUGUGCAAUAUACAACAAUUGGUGGCCCAUGUUAUCAGCUCUGAUGUAUGUGCUGGUGCCUAUGCCUUGCUUAUUCUUUGGAGGCGGGUCUACUCAUUUUAUGAUGAGCCGUGAGGGUGGGGGUUGGAUGGAUGCUGCAAAGUUUUUGACUGGAGCAUCAGCUAUGGGGAGCAUAGCCAUUCCUAUAAUCCUUAAGCAUGCUCACAUGAUUGAGACUGGGGCAAUGCUCAUCGAGCUUGUAUCCUUCUUCAUAUUUAUAUGUACAGUUAUGUGUUUCCAUCAAGCUAGCCUUGACGAUGACUGGUAAUAACAAAUUCCAUGUUUCUGACGUUCUGUUAGUCAUUAGGGAUUGUUACCUUAAAAAGGGAAACAAAGUAGUGAAACUUAUUAUACAACCUUGGAAACAUAAAUGUAUGGUCGAACAUCUGUAAAUCUCUGCCAGUAAUUGCUUUUUCAUCAACUUA